CACAACUUCCAUCACUUCUCUCCUCCAUUCACAACUUCCAUCACUUCUCUCCUCCAUUUAAAACUUCUAUCACUUGACUGAGCUGUCCGUCCAGACUCUUGAAGAAACUGAAGAAGCAGUGUCCAUGACCAACACAAUGACAUCAACGGUCCUCAUCAGCUUCCUGGCCUGUCUGAUCCUGGUCAAUGUUGAAGGCCAGGUGGGUCAUUCUAAAUCUCGGUGCCAGUGUCUGAAUGGAAUGGUGAACCGUGUUAAACCUCUUCUCAUUGAGAAGCUUGAAGUGUACGCCCCAAGCCACUCCUGCCAGCACAUGGAGAUCAUUGUCACUCUGAAAAACGGAGAAGGGAAAAAGUGUCUGAAUCCAGAGGCUCCAAUUGUCAAGAAUAACAUUGAGAAAUUGAUGAAAAACCAAAGGAGUGUGCAGUAAAUCUGUGAACUAAUGACACCAGUUCCAUUGAGAACUUGAUGGAACAGAGAGCACCAUGAGAGGGUGCUAUUCCUGAGGAAUGACCACAGUUGAGUCAAUGCACUGAAGACUGCCUGAAUAUAUGUUUACACUGUUUAAUGGUAAUUAGAGAGUCGUUUUUAUUUUAUUUACAAAAUUAGUAUAUGUUACACAAUAUGACUUACUAGUUGAGAGACAUUUCUAGAAUUUCCAAUGGAAACUUAAAUAGGCUGGCAUUUUGUUUUUUAGGUCAGUUUCAUAUUUUCUUGAAAUAUGAGUUGUUCAUUGUUCAUUUAUGCAAUUGAAAAUUUAAAAAGCAUGUAAAUAUGUAAAUAUAUGUUUUCAGUUUGAAAUGUCAAGAAUUAAAAUGUUUUAGAUUUUGUAAAGUUAUCAAAAUGAUCAACAUCUGUGUAAAUACUGUAUAUUCUGUAUGUAUUGUUUACGUUUUCUAUCA